CCAUGGGGCCCUCUGGCCCCUUCCCAAGGGCUGCUCUUCCUAUGGCCUCUGACGCCCUCCUCCUUCUUGCCCUGCUUUGCCUGGAGCACCCGGUGCCCAGCAAGUCCCUUUCCCAAACCUCCUGGGAGAAGGGACGUGGGAGGAGGGGAAGAAACUUCCAAGGAGCUGGAAAGGGGGGGUAGGGAGACAGAAAUAAAGACACCAGACAGAGGGAGACACACACACACACACACACACACACACACACACACAGAAAGAGAGACCAACAGACAGAAGGAGACAGAGAAAAAGAGAAACAGAGACAGAGAGACAAUUCAGAUAGAAAUAGAGAGACAGAAAUAGAGAGUGGGAAGCAGACUAACUCACGGAGUCAGAAGUAUAAAAAGGGAGAGAGACAGAAAGACAGGGAAAGAGAAAUAAACAGAAAAUUAGACACUAAAGAGAUACAGGAAGCAAAGCAGACUGAGGAGAGACCAAGAAAGAGGAGAGAGAAGCCAGGGCAGAGCGUGCCAGCGGGCGGCAUGGAGGGUCACCUGGCGUGGGAGAUGUAGUGGCCGCGACCUGGGCCAAGCUGGGUGGGCAGAGAGAAGCCGGUGCCUCAGUGGAGGUCAGGGGGCAUGGGAGGGGCAGGAAUUCUGCUGCUGCUGCUGGCUGGGGUGGGUGUGGGGGGGGCCUGGAGACCCCCAAAGGGAAAGUGUCCUCUGAGUUGCUCCUGCUCUAAAGACAGUGCCCUGUGUGAGGGCUCCCCGGACCUGCCCGAGAGCUUCUCCCCGACCCUGCUGUCGCUCUCACUCGUUAGGACUGGAGUCACCCAGCUGAAGGCCGGCAGCUUCCUGAGGGUACCGUCACUGCACCUGCUCCUCUUCACAUCCAACUCCUUCUCCAUGAUCGAGGACGAUGCGUUUGCGGGCCUGUCCCACCUGCAGUACCUCUUUAUCGAAGACAAUGAGAUUGGCUCCAUCUCUAAGAACGCUCUCAGAGGACUCCGCUCACUCACACACCUAAGCCUGGCCAAUAACCAUCUCGAGACCCUCCCCAGAUUCCUGUUCCGAGGCCUGGAGACCCUGACUCACGUGGACCUCCGCGGGAACCCGUUCCAGUGUGACUGCCGUGUCCUCUGGCUGCUGCAGUGGAUACCCACCGUGAACGCCAGCGUGGGGACCGGGGCCUGUGCCGGCCCCGCCGCCCUGGCCCACAUGCAGCUCCACCACCUCGACCCCAAGACGUUCAAGUGCAGAGCCAUAGGCCAGUUCACAAGGAGAAGGGGAAAGGGCCAAGUCCAGGAUGAGCCGUCUUCCUACAAGCAAGAGCUGUCCUGGUUCCAGACGGUCGGCGAGUCAGCGCUGGGCGUAGAGGCUUUCUCCUACCAAGGGGAGCCCCACGUCAUCCUGGCACAGCCCUUUGCCGGCCGCUGCCUGAUCCUGACCUGGGACUACAGCCUGCAGCGCUUCCGGCAGGAGGAAGAGCUGUCUGCGCCCUCGGUGGUGUCCUGCAAGCCGCUGGUGCUGGGCCCGCGCCUCUUUGUGCUGGCCGCCCGCCUGUGGGGAGGCUCGCAGCUGUGGGCCCGGCCCGGCCCCGACCUGCGCCUGGCCCCGCUGCAGGCCCUGGCUCCACGGCGGCUGCUGCGGCCCAAUGACGCCGAGCUCCUGUGGCUGGACGGGCAGCCCUGCUUCGUGGUGGCCGACGCCUCCAAGGCGGGCAGCACCACGCUGCUGUGCCGGGACGGGCCCGGCUUUUACCCGCGCCAGAGCCUGCACGCCUGGCACCGGGACACGGAUGCCGAGGCCCUCGAGCUGGACGGCCGGCCCCAUCUGCUGCUAGCCUCCGCCUCGCAGCGGCCUGUGCUCUUCCACUGGUUUGGGGGCCGCUUCGAGAGGCGCACAGACAUCCCCGAGGCCGAGGACGUCUAUGCCACACGCCACUUCCAGGCCAGCGGAGAUGUGUUCCUGUGCCUGACACGCUACAUUGGGGACUCCAUGGUCAUGCGCUGGGACGGUUCCAUGUUUCGCCUGCUGCAGCAGCUUCCCUCUCGCGGUGCCCACGUCUUCCAGCCACUGCUCAUCGCCAGGGACCAGCUGGCUAUCCUGGGCAGCGACUUUGCCUUCAGCCAGGUCUUCCGCCUUGAGCCUGACAGGGGGCUCCUGGAGCCACUGCAGGAGCUGGGGCCCCCAGCCUUGGUGGCCCCCCGGGCCUUUGCCCAUAUCACCAUGGCCGGCAGACGCUUCCUCUUCGCUGCUUGCUUCAAGGGCCCCACACAGAUCUACCAGCAUCACGAGUUAGACCUCAGUGCCUGAGACUGGAAGGGCCCCUGGACAUGGCUGGCAGAGGGCUGGCAUGGGGAGUCCUGGGCCUCUGGAUGCCCCAUUGCCUAGACUCCUGGUCCUACUCAGAGGUGACUGCUGGUCCUGUGAGAUACUGACCACAGGCCAAGUUCAAGGCAAGAGCUGCUCGUCCAGUCUUAAGCAACGUCUUGGCUGGGGGCAGAUGACCCCUCCCCCUCCAAGGAUGACUUGGGGGCUCAGGCUGGGGCACCGCCACACGGAGACAGUACAGAAAUCAUGGGGGGCGGGGGGUAAUGUGCAGAGCUCCAUGAGGUCUGGAAGCGCCCCGCUCAACCCGCUCUCAACCCUCCUAUUCCCUGUAAAAGUACUACGGAGAGGAUAGCUUUCCUUUUCCUUCUAAACUCAAUCCAGCCAAUCGCUUUUAGUGCCCGCCUCCAUGACGUCAUCAGUAGCUGGGCAGUUUUCCCUGCCGGGCUUGCUAACUUCCUCUGCUGCUUGUGCGCAUGCCUGCUGCCGAGGCGGAAGCCCAGCGUGUCUUCCCUGUUGCGCGUGCGCAGGGAAUAGGCGGGAAAUUGAGAAUUGUCGCCGGGAGUCCGAGGUACCCGUCCUCGGUCGGUGAAAGGGGCGAGGACAGAAAGUGUACGAGCUCAAUAAACGCGCUGUGC